UUCAAGAUGGAUUUAAGUGAUAGAGAAAGAUCGAGUUGUUCAGUUUUGCACAAGAUAAGUUUUGGUUUGGGACAUGUUUACAAUGACUUGUGUGCUGCUAUGUGGUUUUCGUAUACUUUAUUUUAUUUCCAAGUGGUGUUGGAAGUGCAGUCUCAAACUGCUGGAGUUUUACUGAUGAUCGGUCAAGUUGUCGAUGCUGUAGCAACACCAAUAGUAGGUUGGACAGUGGAUUAUACGAAAAGUAGGAAACUUUGGCACUUCAUUGGUACGAUAGCAGUUUCUUUAGGUUUCACAUUAAUAUUCUCUUUAAAAACUAAUACAGUAAAUAGCAGUAUUCUGUUUAACUAUGGACUGGUCAUAACAGUUUUCCAAAUAGGAUGGGCAAUGGUACAAAUCUCCCAUUUAUCAUUAAUCCCUGAAAUUUCAACAAAUCACAGUCACAGUUCAGAUCUUACAGCUAUACGAUACACUGCUUCAGUUUGCUGCAGCGUAACAGUCUAUUGUAUCACUUUGAUAAUUUUAGACAAUAAUGGAGGUACUAUUUCAAUAGGACCCAAUGAUUAUUAUAAAUUCAAAGAAAUUGCACUUAUUAUAACGUUUUUGGGUAUCAUUGCCUCCUUACUUUUCUACUGUGGUAUCCUAGGUUUACCAGAUCAAACAAGCUACGAAUUCAUCACUGAUGAAGCUGAUGAUGCCAACAACCUCUGUUCCAAUAACAAAAAUCAGCAUUUCUUAAAAUCAUUAAUUACUUAUUUAGUCUCCGUGUUAUACAUGGCUUCUAGAUUGUUUACAACCUUGAGUCUGAUUUACAUUCCUUUAUACAUAGCGGAAAGAGCUGCAAAUGAAAAUACGCAAACUGAUGGCAUUCGACAAACAAUCGCAGCUGUUCCACUCGUAUCUUAUAUAGCUUCAUUUUUGACUUCCAUCUUUCUUAAAUUUCGUUUAAGCAUUUGCAACGAUAAGAUAAUCUAUUUAAUAGGAUCUUUACUGGGAUUGUGCGCGUGUGGUUGGAUUACAUACGGGGUUCCCCUUAAUUCCAAUGCACAAUUGUAUUGUAUAGCUGUCUUACUAGGCAUGAGUGGGUCUGCAACUAUGGUUGCGAGUCUGUGUCUCACCGCCAAUUACGUAAAAAUUAAUGGGUAUGGUGGAGGUUUUGUUUAUAGCAUUGUUACUUUUACAGAUAAGUUAAUUUCUGGUUGUGUUGUUCUUUUAGUGCAAAACAUGCAAUGCGUUUCACGUGAUUUGUGUCCACAGUACUACGAAUACGUGCUCUCUUAUAUUUGUGGUGGUGUAUCGAUUUUGGGAAUUGUUUCCUUAGCAGUUCUUCAGUGGCACACCAAUAACAACAGAAGAAGUAUUUUUUAGAAUUAUUAUAUUAAUAGUUCAGUUUUGUUGCCAGU